CCCCGCCCGGCCACCAGGGCGGGACUACAAGCCCCAGGGUGCCCCGGGCCGGGCGGGGCGGUGCUGCGCGCAGCAUGGCCGGGUUCGCCGACCUGAACGUGCCGCAGGGCCCGGACAAGAAGGGGCUGCAGAGCCUGCUGGAGGCUGCGGCUCGCCUGGGAUAUUCUGCAGUUGCUCUUAAUCAUGUCAUCGAUUUUAAAGAAAAGAAACAGGAAAUUGCCAAGCCAGUAUCUCCGUCAGAGUUGUUUCCAUCUUUACCUAUCGUACAAGGGACAUCUAAACAACUUAAAGUUUUAACCCGUCUGACACUUGUUGUUUCUGAUCCUUCCCACUGUAAUCUCUUGAGAUCAACGUCCUCAAAUAUAAGGUUAUAUGACAUCAUAGCAGUAUUUCCAAAGACUGAGAAACUGUUCCACAUUGCUUGCACAACUCUAGAUGUGGAUCUAGUAUGCAUAAAUGUAACAGAAAAGCUGCCGUUCUACUUCCGAAGGCCCCCUGUGAAUAUGGCAAUAGAUCGAGGCAUUUACUUUGAACUUCUUUACACGCCUGCCAUCAAAGACUCCACAAUGAGAAGAUACACAAUUUCAAAUGCGAUCAGCCUGAUGCAGAUCUGCAAAGGAAAGAACAUCGUUAUAUCUAGUGCAGCUGAAAGGCCUCUGGAACUACGAGGUCCUUACGACGUGGCGAAUCUAGGUUUGCUGUUUGGCCUGUCAGAAAGUGAAGCCAAGGCAGCUGUGUCUACCAACUGCAGAGCCACCAUACUUCAUGGAGAAACUCGGAAGAGUGCCUGUGGGGUGGUGUACACGGUGAAGAAGCUUCGCAAGGUUGAGGAGGAGGAAACCCUGCCAGCCUGCAAAAAGGCUAAGACUCAAGCUUGAGGACUGAGCCACUUGUCAACAGGAACCUCCAUCCCAUCUUUACCCAGCGCUAAAUCUUCCCUCACCCUCCAGCCAGCUCAGUUCCUCACUUGGUAGUUUUUAACCCAGAGAGCUAUUCUUCUGGUGUAAAGUGAGGAAGGCUGUGGGAAUGGGAUUGCCAUGAGUAGUUCAACACACCUGGAAGGUCAUCCUCUUGCUGGGCUUCUGGCGAAGGUCAGGAGGGCAUCUCUCCACCCUGUUCUAGGUCUUCUGGAAUCAGUGCAAACUUGACAGAACGUUUCUAGCAUAAACUUUCUAUUGUACAAGUGUACUCUUUUUUUAAUAAAAAAUGUUUUCAAGAAUGCAUGCCUUUAAAGUCUAGCUCCUACAGUUUUUCAGGUUUUGAAACAUGUCUCUGUACUAAGUCAGUAAAGUUUAACUUCAGUGGCC